AUGUCGCGUCAACUCAUCUCCAGCGAGAAGUUUCCCACUAAACCACACAAUUGCCCCGCCACGAAAGUCCCAGGACUAGUCUUCUGUGCUGGACAAACAGCUACUGGAGAGAUCAAGCAAGCCACAAGAAAGGUUCUCCAAAACCUCAAAGAGGUUCUCGAGCUAUCCGGUUCGUCGCUUGAACAGGUUGUCAAAUAUAAUGUCUACCUUGCAGACAUGAAGGAUUUCGCGGCCAUGAAUGAGGUGUACAUCGACUUUUUACCUCAGCCGAUGCCGUCGAGAUCAUGCCUGCAGGCGUUACCUCCCGGUGAUGGCACCGUUAUUGAAAUUGAGUGCAUAGCCCAAGUUUGA